GAGGAGCUGUCGGCAGUGAGAUCAUGGGAGAGUCCACGCUUGGUGAAAGUAGGUUAGCAGGGUAGACUGAGAGGAAAGCAGGCAGAGAGCAAAGGGGGGGUCCGAUCACCGGUUGUCCACCGUUGGACUAGUCUGUCAAAAAAAAGUUGAGCCAAAUCUAUUCGCCAGUGCGCCGAGGCUGUAACGAUGCGAUUCAAAGCGACUUUCUUCACCCUUUCAUUUCGCUCGGACUUGACCGAGCAAUAGAGGAGAGGAGUUUUGGGUAGUUCUUCUUUUUUUUUUUUUUGCCGUUCUUUACCGCGAGCUGUCUGCAGCCGGGAAGAAGUUAAUAUUUACAGAGCCAGUUCGCUCUGGCCCCAGCGGUUUAUUCUCCUCUAUUCUGUCACCUACAUUAACCACAUGUAGCCGAGUGGUUUUACCGUCCAGCCAAGAGAAAAGAAAACAUCACAAUGAGAGCUCAGAUCGAGGUCAUCCCCUGUAAGAUCUGUGGGGACAAGUCCUCAGGAAUCCACUAUGGAGUCAUCACCUGUGAAGGCUGCAAGGGUUUCUUCCGUCGCAGCCAGCAGAACAACGCCAUGUACUCUUGUUCCCGCCAGAGGAACUGCCUGAUCGACCGAACUAACCGUAACCGCUGCCAGCACUGCCGCCUACAAAAGUGUCUGGCUUUGGGCAUGAGCAGAGAUGCGGUUAAGUUUGGUCGUAUGUCCAAGAAGCAGCGUGACAGCCUCUACGCUGAAGUGCAAAAACACCAGAAGUCCCAGGAGUGUGUGAGUUCUGCAGGCGGGGGCCCCACUGCUCUGUCUUUACCCAAGAAGGACGGUGUCUGUGGCGGGGAGGAUGGCGAAGAGGCUCUGAGCCGGUCCUACAGCAGCGGGGGCUCCACCCUGAGCGACCUGGAUGACAUCGCAGCGCUGCCUGACCUGUUUGACCUGCCGCUGACUCCCGAGGAGGCCAGCAAGUACUGCAGCCUGGAGGUGGUCGGCAGCGGAGCCAGCACUGGGAACACCUCCAACUCAUCGUCCUCUUCUUCCUCCCCCUCAUCCCUGUCCAAUCAGAAUUCCCCUCGGCAGACUAUGCUGGACGGGGCAGACAGCAACGGGAUCCAGCUCCUGCAUACACACUCUCACACGCACCCGCUGCUGGGAGACACACGUGCACUGCUGGACCAUCUGCCUGAUGACUGCUCAAUAACAGACCUUGAGCGCAUCACUCAGGGUAUUGUUAAGUCUCACUUGGAGACGUGUCAGUACAGCAGUGAAGACAUGAAGAGAUUCACCUGGGUACAAUACGCACCUGAAGAAACGCGUGCUUAUCAAAGCAAGUCAGCUGAGUGGAUGUGGCAACAGUGUGCACACCACAUCACUAAUGCCAUCCAAUGUGUGGUGGAGUUUGCCAAACGCAUUGCUGGCUUCAUGGACCUGUGCCAGAACGAUCAGAUUAUAUUGCUGAAAGCCGGCUGUCUGGAGGUCCUGCUGAUACGUCUGUGCCGAGCUUUCAACGUCAACAACAGCACUAUUUUCUUUAAUGGGAAGUUUGCCCCGGCUCAGUUCUUCAAAGCACUUGGUUGUGAUGACCUGGUCAGUGCAGUGUUUGAUCUGGGGAAAGGAUUCUGCCGUCUACAGCUGUCUGACGAAGAGAUGGCUCUGUUUAGCGCUGCCGUUCUUCUUUCUCCUGAUCGACCCUGGCUAACAGAAGGCCAGAAGGUUCAGAAGCUCCAGGAGAAAGUCUACCUGGCUCUGCAGCACAGUCUACACAAGAGUGGUGCUUCAGAUGAGAAACUGGACAAGAUGGUGUCCAAGCUGCCCACAAUGAAGUCUAUCUGUAACCUCCACGUUGAUAAACUCGAGUUUUUCCGUUUGGUCCACCCAGAUACCGCCUACAGUUUCCCACCACUGUACCGGGAAGUGUUUGGCAGCGAGAUGUCUCUGCCGGACUCCACCAACAGCUAGACAGACAGACAGACCGACAGACAAAAAAAAGAGAGAUGAACAGAGUAUAUUAAGAAGUAGGGAAGCAAAAAAGGAGAGACAGAGAAGGAUAGAGAUGUUGAAGCUCAACAACCAGCAGUUACGAGACAAUCCAGAACUUUAAAUACUCCGUCUCCAAUGAUCCCAAAGUAGUCCUCCACUUUCCCAGCAGGCAAAGCACCUUACACUACAGACCACACAUGGUCAUGGUCCUCUGCAUAUUGUAGCAUUAACACCAAGCGGAUGGGCAUCCUAAUAAUAACAGCCCACUAGCCAUGAGACAGCUCCAAGCUUUAACACUUGUUUAACAUCAGAUCCACUGAGGAUCGCCCAACCAGUUAUGAAUGUACCUCACCAAUAAGCACCAGUGCACAAGCCAGAACCCAACAACAGUGAAUGUACAACACUGCCACUCUGAGACAGAGUUUUACAUAGUAUUAGUAUUAGAAUGAAGUUGUAUCAAUCCACAGGUCUCACUAUUAAUACAGCUCUCAGUCAAUAUUUCUUUCUAUAUUAGGCUAAUACAUCUCAGUUUGGUACACACGCGUAUUCAUACAGACAAUAUCCUUGUACUGACCAUCAAUUAGGGACCAAGAGUCAUUUUCUCUGAUAUAAAAAAAGAAACACACAGAUAUGAUAUGACUCACGGCUUAAUCAGCUGAGAACCAGCUUCCCACACAUUUAGACGGUGUUCGGUGCUGCCUUUUUGUAAACUCUUGUAAUGCAAUGAAAAACCUCAGUCCCACGCACCCCUUUCCUUGUAAAUGCCACUUAGAGACAGGACAAGAUGAAAUUAUCUUUAAUUUAUAUACACAUUUAUAAACAAAUAUUUUAAAUAAAAAUGUAAAUAGAUGACUAUAUGAGCAUACGGAGAGAGUUAGAAUGUGUGAGUUCAGUUAAGAGAGAAGGGGAGAGAAAAGGUGCAUCGUAAGAGAUAGAGGAAAAGAUGAAUAUUUCAGGAAAACUAAUAUUUGGACUCAAAUCGUUUUCUGGACUACUUCCUCUCUUUUGACAGUACUCUCAGGUUUCCAUGGCAACGGCCCCCUCUUGCCCUGAUGGCAAAUCCAGCUGGGUUAUAGGCGCGGUCAUGACGCAAGCGACGGGGGUGGACACCUGUUGGUGUUGCAGAUGCGACACGAAAAAAAACAUUGCCUUGGUCUUGCAUUUAAACCGAGAGAUUUCCGUCUGCGCUGUUGCUGCUGACACCCUCGGCUAAAAUGACAAGAGGACAAACAAGGACACUAAGAAAAAGUCAAAAGCGAGGCAAAAGAGGACUUCAUGAACGGUAUAAUAAAAUACACAGGGUUUCCCUACCUGUUUCUAACCAGCAGUCAGUACAGUAUGUGUAGUAUAAUUGUCUUUCACUCAUAAUUGUUUCAGUUGGUUACAGGCCGGAACGACGAUGAUCCAUAAUAUGUAUCGUAAUCCCUCCAUGCUGGUUGGAACAACUGUAUUAUUUUGUACAUUUGCUGUUCCUAUCUCCUUUAGUCCCAAAUCCAAGCACUUGUACUUUCCUCUUCCUCACUGGACACUAGUCUAAGGCCAGACAGAGCUACCAGCUGCCCCCCUGAGUUGGGCCUCAAAUGCCAGUAAGACUUUUCAGUCAAUCUGCUUUAUUAUUUUUGUUUUUUUAUUCAAUAUCUGUCACACAAGGUCACCCAUAACUGUUUACAUUUUUCAUGUACGUAAAUCACACGCUCUCUGAAGGUUGUUAUCACAUUGAGAUGAUGAUGAUGAUAAUGUCUUACUCGGGGUGCUGUGAAGUUCUUGAGCAGAGUCUGAGUACCUGCCUCUCAGGGAGCUAGCUGUGGUCUCUUGUCCCUUUUAUUACCAGUGUCAUCUUUUAGCCCCGUGCUCCUCGCACCUUUGCACCUAAUAUGAGACCCUUAACCAUAAUCACUGUGGACGUAAGUUCUAUUUUUGUGAAUGUUACACUAAGUGUCAAAACCCUUCCUGUUUGUCCUAAUAUCGUGACAUCAAAUUUACAAAACAUAGGAAUAAAAAAAACAAACAACAACAACGAAUAAAUCAGUUAGUUAAAUAUGAAUUCGUUAUAAGGGUUUAAUGUUUCUUUUUGCUGUGAUUUUCAUUUGUCUUUUAUCCACCUUUUUCUUUAUGUGUCUCCACUUUUGUGUUGAAAAGUCAGUAAUCUAUUUUUUUUAUUGAAAAAAGAUUAGGUAAAAACAAAAAAGAAUAGUUUGUCUCCCUUCUCUUUCCCUGUUUGACAAAAUGUACAAGAGGUAUAUUAAUAGUCCAAAAGUAACUGAGUUACACAGCUCGAUAUAUAUUGUUGUCCAAUGGGAUACAUUAUAUGUGGUUUUAAGAAUGUAAUAAAUGGUUUCUUUUUCUUUUGAAA